UUUCCGGUCGGGCGGGAGGAGGUGACGUCAGGAGCGGGGGCCCGCGGGGGCCGCCUGUAGCCCUGGGGACGUUGUAUCUGUGGGCCCUAGGAUCGCGUCACAAGUCGGCGACUGAGCUGUGGCGGCGGUGGCCGAGGCAGCGAAGGCGGCAGCGGCGGCGACAGCUCUGGGGUUUGCGUCUCGGGGUGUGUCGGCCGCCGCUGCUGCUUGGGCCUGGUAUGUACAAAUGGCUGGUUAGGAUUCUCGGCACCAUUUUCCGUUUCUGUGACCGGCCGGUGCCCCCUGCCAGGGCCCUCCUGAAGAGGCGGCGCUCGAACAGCACUCUGUUUUCUACAGUGGACACUGAUGAAAUACCAGCCAAAAGACCAAGAUUAGAUUGCUUUAUUCAUCAAGUGAAAAACAGUCUGUACAAUGCUGCCAGCUUGUUUGGAUUUCCAUUCCAGCUGACCACAAAACCCAUGGUAACUUCUGCUUGUAAUGGAACACGGAAUGUGGUCCCUUCAGGAGAGGUAUUUUCAAACUCCUCAUCUUCUGAAUUGACCGGUUCUGGAUCCUGGAACAACAUGCUGAAACUGGGUAAUAAAUCUCCUAAUGGAAUAAGUGAUUAUCCAAAGAUCAGAGUGACAGUAACUCGAGAUCAGCCACGCAGAGUCCUGCCUUCCUUUGGUUUUACUUUGAGCUCAGAAGGUUAUACUAGAAGACCAGGUGGCCGUCGCCACAGCAAAGGCAAUCCAGAGAGUUCUUUAACGUGGAAGUCUCAGGAGCAGGUUGUAACAGAGAUGAUUUCUGAAGAGGGUGGCAAGGGUCUGAGGCGUCCUCAUUGUACUGUGGAGGAGGGUGUUCAAAAAGAAGAAAGAGAGAAAUACCGGAGGUUAUUGGAGCGACUUAAAGAAGGUGGUCAUGGAAACUCUGUUUCUCCUGUAACUUCAACUCAUCAAAGUUCUCAAAGAAGUCAGAUGGACACAUUAAAGACCAAAGGCUGGGGGGAAGAGCAAAGUCAUGGACUCAAAACAACUCAGUUUGUUCCAAAGCAAUUUCCCCACCCAGGUAUUGAACCCGUGACCCCUUCAGUGGAAGCGUGGAGUCUUAACCACUGGACUGCAAGGUGUUCAAAGGGGAAAAUUUCUGAUACAGAAAAGACAGUUGGAAUCAGACUAGAAAAUGAAUGUAGGAGGGGACUUCAGCUGGAACCCGACCUGUCUGAAGAAGUGUCAGCCCGACUCCGCCUGGGCAGUGGAAGCAAUGGCUUACUCAGGAGGAAAGUGUCAGUGCUUGACGCAAAAGAAAAAGGUUGCCCAAACAGAGAGCGGGAUAAAAGGACGGAGGACCUUCUUGAGCUCACGGAGGACAUGGAAAAGGAAAUCAGUAAUGCUCUAGGCCAUGGCCCACAGGAUGAGAUCCUAAGUAGUGCUUUCAAAUUACGAAUCACUCGAGGAGAUAUCCAGACCUUGAGAAACUAUCACUGGCUCAAUGAUGAAGUCAUUAAUUUUUACAUGAACCUCCUGAUGGAAAGAAAUAAAAGGCAAGGGUAUCCAGCACUUUAUGCAUUCAGUACUUUCUUCUAUCCGAAAUUAAAGUCUGGGGGUUACCAAGCAGUGAAAAGAUGGACCAAAGGGGUCAGUCUCUUUGAACAGGAACUUAUUUUGGUGCCUAUUCAUCGGAAGGUACAUUGGAGCCUGGUGGCUAUAGACCUAAGAAAAAGGUGUCUUAAAUAUCUGGAUUCUAUGGGACAAAAAGGCCACAGGAUCUGUGAGAUUCUCCUUCAGUAUUUACAGGAUGAAAGUAAGACCAAAAGAAAUAUUGACCUGAAUCUUUUAGAGUGGACCCACUACAGCAUGAAGCCACAUGAGAUUCCUCAACAGUUGAAUGGGAGUGAUUGUGGAAUGUUUACUUGUAAAUAUGCAGAUUAUAUCUCUAGGGACAAACCUAUCACAUUUACUCAGCACCAGAUGCCUCUGUUCCGGAAGAAGAUGGUGUGGGAAAUCCUUCAUCAGCAGUUGCUGUGAGAAUGCCCCACCCCGUCUCUCCAGCUGCUGGUGGUUCUUUCAUGGACGGACGUUUCCAUAUACCUCAUGCAUUGUGGGUUAAGAAGUCCCUGCAUCACCUCUGUUCUCUCACAGGUACUGAGCUGUCAGAAGUGCAUGAAGGCCUCUCUCUGCACCCUGGUCCUGACUUGGUGUGCAGCGGGCUGCUUGCAACCCUUUUUUAAGGCUGUGCCUGCUCAGAGCCCUGGACUAUCAACCCACACAAGAACAUACGCUAAUUAAUACUUGUUUUUAAAGAUUUUUUCCCCCCCUAUGAAUGUGGGAAGUGCAGAAUUUAUUUUAUGAUUUGUUUUUUCUUUAUGUUUGUUCAUGUGUAUUCAUUCACUCACUCAUUUGCAAACAUGAUGGGCAGUGGCUGUUUUCUGCUGCUCUUUUAAAGUUAACUCUAAAUUACUUGUUUGAACUAUUUAUUUCUGAAAGGAAUGUUGAUCAAGCUGCUGUUCCCUGCUAAAGAUCCUGAGGGAAGUCAGUGGGGGAGGAAGGAAGAGUUAAUUAGCCUCUACAGCUAGAGCAGUAACUACUGACUUGAAGCAGGAGGUCUUCUUUCUUUUGAGGCUUGACAGUGCCAGGAGAGGUGCCAUGGUGUAGGGCUCUGGUUGCCUUUCAGAGGAAGUCUACACUACAGCAUUGGCAUGGUAUCAUGGAAAAGUGGAACUAUGGCCCAGGAACUCUGGCUAUCUAAGUGUCUUCAGAAGAGUGUCGGAGUCAUCCUAAAGAGACUUCCCUUUCUGGAAAUGAGAGACUUGGCUACUGUUAAAACUGGAUUUGAAGUAACUGUAAACCCUAAAUCUUCAUUUUGAUCCCAAAUCUGCUUGUGUAUAAGCCUCAGAUAUGUAAGGGAAGGGCUGGCCUGAGCUGUUGAUUUCAAAGGAUAUUGUUCAAUUUAAAGCUGUUUUCUCUCAACGUUUUUUUUUUUCCUUUAUAUGAAGUCGAAAUUAAGUUUUAUACUCAUUAGCAUUUACAUCUCCCCAUUCCACCCUUACUGAAAUCUGUGCAAGAAAAUUUAGUACUUGGUUCUGAGGUUGCCAGUUCUACAGUAAUCUAUUUUGCAUAUGAAAGUUUGUAUUUAACUGUUUUGUUCAUUAAAAACCUUACAGUGGUUAUGCAUAUUUAAUUUCAGGAAAUUUAGAGUUGGUCAGAACAUAUUUUGCAAAAUCUAGUGCCUAGUGUUGCUUUUUUGAUGUAAUAAAAGGUUGUCUGGCAGAACCUGAAAA